CAGCUUUGUUCGCCAUGACCUGAUAUCACGUCGCCACCACCAAGCAGAGGAGGUCGAAGUAAAACUUUUCGCCAUGGCUCGAGGCGGUAGCUUCACGCCGCUGAAGGUCAACCCGGCCCGGUUGAACAUGAUUAAAAUUCGACAAUCAUGGUCCAAAUAUAACCUUUACAAUCUAUCGCGCGCCAAAGGCCAGGAUAACAGAGCAAGAACCUUCUUCGCCUUGAAGUGGAAAGCAAAAUCAGUAUCACGGAAUUACCAUGGUUCACAAGUCCGAGAAGGUGACUGGACACGAAUGUUCGAUCGGCGUCUUCGUUCAGUAAUACCAAUGGAUGCGAAAUACCUCGCAACCAACGACGGCAGCAUCGAAUCCGCUGGGAGAGGCAUGGGCGCGGAGCUUCGAAGACCAAAAAAGAGCACACCUGCAAUUCCUUACAUGCAGAUGAUCUAUGCCCCACUGGAGAGGAGGCUUGAUACCGCAGUCUUCAGAGCAAUGUUUGCCAGUAGCAUCCGACAAGCCAGGCAAUUUGUGAUCCAUGGCGCCGUCACCGUCAACGGCAAAAAGAUGAAAUUCCCAGGUUACCUCCUCAAUCCCGGCGAUCUGUUCCAAGUCAACUCCGAUCGAGUCAUGUAUGCUGCUGGCCAACCCAAAGAAAACCCAGCCAAAGUCAAAGCCGAGAAACAAGUUGCGGAAGAAGCCGAAGCCGAAGCCGAAGCUCAAGCCGAAGCCGCUGCAAAGGAGCGAGAGGAAGCAAUCCAAUCCAUGGUCGAAAAGGACGAAGAAGAAAUCGCCAUUGAUCGCGAUCCUCGACAGGUAUUGAAACAGCUGCAAGCACAAGCCAGGACCAUCCUCUCCGACAGCCGAGCAGAUGUCGGAGGCAAAAGAAAACAAGAUCUCCGUGCCUUUACGAGAACCAUCCGACAACUGCUCUCUCAAUCGAAAAAGGGAGAUUCCAUCCACUCCGCCAGUCUCGAAACCCAAUUCGCCGAAAUCCAAGAACAGCUACGAAUCCGACAGGAAAACAAACAACGAAAAUCCGCAUCAGAAUCCGAUGGAUCAUCACAGAAAUCCAACGACACAGAUGCUGAAAUAUCGCAAUCGAAAUCCUUGGGAGUUUCAGAGCAAGCAGACGACAACACCGUCACAAUCCUCUCAUCAUCCGAAGUCUCAGAGCUCUACACGGCGAUCAAGUCGAUGCACGAAAACCCAAUCGACGACAGUAAACCAUAUGCGACGCCGUGGAUGCCUCGUGACUUUAUGAGUGCGUUUGCGUUUAUUCCUCGAUUCCUCGAAGUCAAUCAUAAUAUCUGCGCCGCUGUGUAUUUGAGACAUCCAGUGGCGAAACCGGGAAUGGCCGAGGUGCCGAGUCCGUACAGUGAAGAUACAUCCACGAUUGCGUUUUCAUGGUAUUUGCGACGAAGGUGAUUGAGAUUGGGAUUGUGGAUGUACAGCCACUUGAAGGACCGAUCGAUGGAUUGUAUUAUGGGCUGUGUGGAGUCUUUUAUCUGAGAUGAGAAGAUUCCAGAUCAACAAUCGUUCUAUCCCUCCACCCUUCUUCUAUUCCCGGUCGGUCUGGAAUAUGGUCAGUUGGCUAGCUGCUAUUGUUCACAAGCAACACCACGGCCACUCCACCCAGCCCUGAUCCGGUCGGAUCCAUGUGUAUGUAUGUAUAUCGACCAUGUACUACUACUAUAUAUCAUACUAGAUGUUGUGAUUUGCGAAUCCUCGGCCAUGACCCAGAGAGAAGAAGAAGAAGGAAAAAUUCCGCUCCCAGAACUUGCGCUGCUGCAUGGCGUAGAUGGACAGGGGAUCGAUGGAUAGAACAGGAUAGAUCUUUCACAACAAAAUGCAAUACAACACAAACAAAUGAGUCGAAU